GAGCGUACGCGCGUGACUGAGCGAGUCGACCGGCCGAAGCUUCUUCGGCCGGUCCGCCGGAUUUAAACGUUUCCCAUAAACUUAUACCAUACCCUAUAUUCUCUUCUCUGUCCUCUCAUCCGCCGUGCGUGACCGCCGCCGCGAAUCGUCCCCAACGCCGAUCUGGCUGGACCCUCGCCGUAUUAGCCGUCCCCGACCUCGCCGUGGCCAGUCAUGGCCGGAUCCUCCCCGCCUAACCGUACCCGAGCUCGCCGUGGCUCGAUCUCGCCCGACGAAGUGAGGCGACGGUAUGAACCGACCGGCAGAGGGAGGAAGGGAGGUACCUGCGGUGGUGGCGGCGGCGCCCGGCGACCAUCUGGUUCUGAUUCGGCCGCGUCCGGCUCCUAUUCAAUGUCAGGUAGAUCUGAUUCGAUCGCGUCCGACACGGAAUCCGGGUCAGACAGAGGGAGCAGCAGAUCGAAAAAAACCAGGAUGUCUAAGCGGCUCCAGGGAGAGGAGAUACAGGCAAACUGCGCCCGCAAAAGGUCACGACCUUCUGAUCAGAAGCACCUCUAUCUGGUGCUGGAUGACUGGAAAGAUGGGUUCAGCAUUCACAAGAUUGACGCCGACGACGAUGACGCGGACCUUGGCCAGCCACCGGUCCUCCG